UUUAACAACUACAUUUUUUAUUAGAACCGAACCGAAUUUAACGCCUACAAUUUCUAAUACGGUUCUAUCGAAUUUUAACCAGAACCGAACAGGCCUCGGACCUACAGAAUACCCCUGUUCAAACUCAUUUUAACAAAUUGCACGUUUUUCUUUUUUAAAUAAUAGAAACAUAUAAAUUACAUAAAAGCCUAUAACAUUUAGUUAAGAGUUUGAAUAUCACCUUCGAACCGUCCAAUGUCUUCGCUCAAACAUUCAAACGUGGUACCUUUCUUCAUAUGAACGUAUCACUCUUCCUCUUCAUUCGAAUAAUACCUUCAAACUCAACUUCCGUUCUAAAGUGUUCAUCCUGCUUCCCACCAUGUUCAAUCAUCAUGAAGGUCAAGAACUCUUCGAUUCCUAUGGUUGAAUUAGAUAAGCCUAAAUUUAAAAAUAUGCUGAUCAAAUUAGGAGAAAUUUGUCUGGCGAAAUGUUCUCUGAAAAAGUCACGUGCAGAACAAAGAAAGAAAAUUCGACCGUGCAAAAGAUCCUCAGAAGUCGAAUCAUCAUACUCCAAACAACAAAAUCAAGAUGGAAGGUGAUAGAUAUUCGGUUGAUUUGGGUAACCUCCAGCGCAAUCGAUGGAACGAGAUUGGGAGGAAGAAAUCCCGCAAAGGUAAAGAACUUGCCGGCUCUUCAUCUCAAAGCCGAGAUGAUUUUGAAACGGGUUACCAAAGGAGAGAUGGAGAUGCGAUGUCCGAAGAACAACUACAACAAGAAUUGGCCCGACAUAAUAACCGCUUUCUACAACAACAACAAAUCCCGAAGACCAUUGACGAAGAGGAGCUUGAGGAUGAAGAUGCGGAGGAAAUGGAACCGGAGACGGCGAGGAGGAGGGUGCCGGCAGCCACGACGCCGACGAGCCUGCCUCAUCCCAAAUCGCCACCGGUAAUAAAAAAAGUAAACCUGAACUAAUGAAAAAUAAUUUUGAUAAGUGGAAGGACCCACAAACCGGCUAUUGGCACGCAACUUGCAAGUGGUGCAACAACAAUUAUAGCUUGGGGACCUCCGGCGGAUACGGAUCCGCCGCAAGGUAUCUUAAGGCAAAGCACCCCGUGGAGUAUGCAAAAUUAGGCGGCGGAACGGGGAAGCAAACUCAAAUAACGAGGUUUGCGAAUUCUCAACCUUUUGGUAAUUUCUCCUGCAAUGAUGCACAAAAUUUGACUGGUAUGGCUAACUUAAUUUGUGAAGAAAAUUUGCCUUAUAUGUUUUCUGAAAGUCUUGCUUUAAGAGAUUAUGCACAAGGUAGUUUAAAUCCUCAAUUUAGAAGUUAUAGUCGCAAAACGGUUAAGAAAGAAAUUAUAAGGCUUUAUAAUGCGGAAAAGGCAAGGUUACAAAACUUUUUUGCAAACUUUGAUGGGCGUGUUACUAUUUGUUCUGACAUAUGGGAGGAUGAUUUUCAUCAUGUAUAUUAUUUGGGUCUCACUGCACAUUAUAUUGAUGAGGAUUGGAAUAUGCAUAAACGUGUUCUUGCUUUUCGUGAAUUUAAUGAUCGUCACACCGCUGAACAUAUUUAUAUUUUGAUUGAGCGUAUUUUAAUUGAGUAUAAUUGGAUUGAUAAGGUGUUUGCUAUUGGUUUCGAUAAUGCUACUAAUAAUACUGUUGUUAUACCUAGAUUGCGUGAAUUGUGUGGUGCCAAUACUUUGAUGGGUAGAUUUUUUCAUCAACGCUGUGCAUGCCAUGUUAUAAAUUUAUGUGUGCAAGACGGUCUAAAAGCGUUAGGAGAUGCUAUGGAGGUAGUCAAGGGGGGAUUAGACGUAUUUGGGGGUAAUGGUCAACUUAGAUUAAAAUGACAAACUUAUUUGGCUGAAAGAGGUGUGAGAUAUGUUGCUUUUCCUAAAGAUUUGAGUAUGCGUUGGAAUAGUACUUUAUAAAUUACUUAAAGUUGUUCUUAGAUAUAAAGAACAUUUUCCUGCUUUUUUAAAACAACAUGAUAACUAUAUUAUAAACUCGGCUGAGAUCGACACUUGCGAAAAAAUUUGUAAUGUUUUGAUAUAUUUUUUAAUGCAACUGAAACUUUUAGUCAUGUUUAUAAACCUACCGCAAACCAAUUUAUUCGUGAAGUUGUUAGUCUCGCCAGUGCUUUUAAAGAAUUUGAGAAUGCCGUUUUCGUGAGUUAUUUUUGUGAUUAUAUGAAGGAAAAGUUUUUAAAAUAUUAUGCACAUAUUCCCCAUAUUUAUGGUAUUGCAUUUAUUCUCGAUCCUCGUUUUAGACUAGCUAAUUUGGAAGAUUGUUUCAACUUCUAUUAUCUUGUUUUUUUGGUGAAUUUCCAAUGUAUGACGAUAACCCCAUAGAUCCGAAAACGGAAUACAACGAGGUUAGUGCUUUAUUUUAUGCCUUAUUUAAUGAGUUUCGUGCACAAUAUAGCAACGCUCCCCCUCCCCCGACACGAACAUCUUCAUCUAAAGGAAAAUCAAUUUUUAAAUCUGCAUUUGGCAAUCUUAUGAAAAAAACUAAAACAACUCACGUCACUGAACAAAGCGCAUUGAAUGAGAUUACUUUGUAUUUAACAUAUGAAGUUGAUUUUGAAGAAAAUGAUGACUUUGACGUUCUAAACUGGUGGAAGUCAAAAGAAAGAACGUCCCCAAUUUUAGCACGGAUGGCUAAGCAAGUACUAUCAAUGCCGGUUUCAACAGUUGGUGUGGAACAAGAAUUUAGUUCGGCCGGCAACGUCCUAACGGCAUCUAGAUCGAGAUUGAGCGUGGAGUCUCUUGAGACGCUUAUAUGCUACCACGAUUGGUUGAAGGCCGCACGUAGAACUCAAGAAAUGAGCAUCACCCCCUCCCAAGAUUUUAUGGAUGACUCAACAACCGAUGGUGGCUCUACCUACCUAUGCCGGAGAUUCCGAUUGAUUAGUAUCUUAGAAUUUAUUAUAAAAUGUAUUUUGUAGCACUUGUCAAAUUAAUUUGUACUUGUACUUCAUAUUUCAUAAUUGUAAAUUUGUAGUUGUACUUUAAAUUAAUUUGUAAACUUGUACUUCAUAUUUCAAAUAAAUAUGCGUUCAUUUUUU